UCGGAAACCAAAGUAUCGAACUGCGCAUGCUCACAGAAGAUUUUUGCGCGAAGUUCAAGGACGACAAAUAAUUCGCUGAGUUGAAAGAUGGAUGAAAGUGGCAUAGAGGCCACACAAGCUCUGGACUUUGGGGACUAUGAUGAUGAUGUUACAGAUGAUGAACAGUCUGAAAAUACUCCAGUUGGUUAUUUGUAUGUGGCAUGUCAACGAGGGUUUCCUGGAAAGCAGUACCCAGUCUUUGAAGGUGACAAUGUUAUUGGACGAGGUGAGGAAUGUAAAAUUUCUAUACCAUUAAAGCCACUAUCAAGAGAGCAUGCAUGUAUUGAAGUAAAAGGAGACUCGCAUUUCAUCUAUGAUAAAGGUAGCAGAAAUAGGACAAGAAGAAACAAUCAUUUUUUGGCAGCAUCUGUAAGAUAUGAGCUUAAGCAUAAUGACCAACUUAUAUUUGGUGAUGUGGAAUGUGAAUACAAAAUUGGUGUUCAGGCAGCUGAUGAUGAUGGAGAUGAGACUGGUUCUGAAUCAAUGUUUCAAACUGCUCCAGGUGAUGAGGUGCUUGAUAAUUCUACAGACGCUGCUGAGAAGACUGAAGGCAAGCCUCUUGAUGAUGAUGAUUACGCUAGUGAUGCAAGCAGUGAUAUUUUAGAACCAACCCAGCCUUUUGCAGGGAACACAACAAGAACACAUAAUGGAAACUCUACAUUAGCUCAAAAUAUAACAGUCAAAGACACGCCUGCAGCACCAAAAACUAAACGCUUCACAGAGGAUUUAGUGGUACCAGAAUCUGAUUCAGAUAGUGAAAGUCCUACCAAACCACCACGGUCCAUGGCUCUUGUUGCAGACAGCCAAGAUGACGAUGAUGACGAUGAGGAUGAAACGGUAAAAUCACGGAUGAUGGGUGCUGCCACUCAAGCUUAUGUUUGUGAAAGUGAUGUCACCACAGAUGAUGAAGAUAAUGUGAGAAACAAGAGUUCUAUCCUGGCUGCUUCAACUCAAGCCUACCUUGAUAAUGAUUAUGAUGUUAGUACAUGUAGUGAAGAUUCUCCUAGAAAGAAGUCAAUAUUGACUGCAGCCACUCAAGCAUUUGUUGCUGAAAGUGAUGAUGACAAG